AGUCUACCGGAUGUUGACAUCCAAUUUACCAAAUUAAUAAAUGUUUGUGUUUAUCCCAGAUAACUUUAGCUGAAAACAAGAAUGAAUGAUUGAAAAAAAGAAUGGAAAACUAUGAAAAGAUCCGAGUGGUUGGAAGAGGCGCAUAUGGGACAGUUCAUCUGUGUAAGCGUUUGAGUGACAAGAAGCAUGUUAUAAUCAAGCAGAUUCCUGUGGAACAGAUGACGAAAGAUGAACGACAAGCUGCGCUUAAUGAAGUUAAAGUUCUUUCUAUGCUUAGUCAUCCAAAUAUCAUAGAAUACUACGAGAACUUCCUUGAAGAUAAAGCUCUUAUGAUUGUGAUGGAAUAUGCACAAGGUGGAACAUUGUUGGACUACCUACAGUCACAGAAUAGUAGACUGUUAGAGGAGGAGGAAAUCCUGCUUUUCUUUGCCCAGAUGCUGUUGUCAAUACAGCAUGUUCAUUCCAAACAGAUUCUUCACAGAGACCUUAAAACACAGAAUAUUCUGCUUGAUAAGAAGAGGAAAGUUGUGAAGAUUGGCGAUUUUGGAAUUUCUAAAGUACUCAGCAGUAAAAGUAAAGCAUAUACAGUUGUUGGUACACCAUGUUAUAUAUCACCAGAAUUAUGUGAAGGCAAACCAUACAACCAGAAAAGUGAUAUUUGGGCCCUAGGGUGUGUUCUUUAUGAACUUGCUAGUUUGAAAAGAGCUUUUGAAGCUGCGAAUUUACCAGCAUUGAUAUUAAAGAUAAUGAGAGGUACUUUCGCACCAAUCUCUGAACAUUACAGUGAAGAGUUACGGUCCUUGAUUCUCAGUAUGCUUCACCUUGACCCCAAUAAGAGACCGGACAUCAACCAGAUCAUGGCUCAACCACUUAUCAUUAAUGCAUUGAUCAACAUACACACAGAUAUGGGAAAAGUUCCAUGUGCAAGGAUGCAUAGACCAGUUACUCCAGCAUUACCGUCUACAGCCAGGAAUAGAUUAAGGGGUAGUGCAGUCAGUGUGAGAGAUUCUCUACCCAGUAAGCCCCAAUUUAUGAGUAGUGUUUACUGUUGGGGUGGAGGUAUAAAUGCUCCAAUCAAGCUAAUGUUGCCCACUAAUGAUACCCAAGUUGUUGAGGUGUCUGCUGGUAGAACACAAAAGGCAGCUGUCACCAAGAAUGGAAGACUCUUCAACUGGGAGUCCCCAGGUGUUGGAGCAGACUCCCUUAUACCUGGAUCUCUUGAUAGUUCAACUCCUGGGUUUAUACCUAGAUUCCUGGAAGGUCAGUCAGCAGUCGCCAUACAGCACGUAGCUUGUGGAGAUCUGUUCACAGCAUGUCUGACAGACCGAGGAAUCCUAAUGACGUAUGGAAGUGGGGCCAAUGGUUGUCUUGGUCAUGGCAACUUAAAUGAUGUUACUCAGGCCAAAAUUGUUGAAGCAUUGCUUGGCUAUGAAGUUGUUCAGGUGUCUUGUGGUGCAUCACAUGUCUUGGCAGUAACCAAUGAAAAUGAAGUAUUUGCCUGGGGAAGAGGUGAUAAUGGGCGCCUUGGCUUGGGUUCACAAGAUUCGCAUACAACACCACAGGCAGUGCAGUUUCCUGAGGGUGUAAGCCCAUGCUCAGUGAAUUGUGGAGUAGAUUGUUCUAUGGUUAUCACCCUUGAUAACAAACUCUUCUGUUGUGGCAAUAAUAGAUACAAUAAAUGCUGUCUAGAUGAAAUUAACCAAGAAGGGCAGACAAUCAGAUUAGUUGAAGAAGUUCGGCAGUUUACAAGAGUUACCUCCCCUCCAAUAGGAAACUCUUUAGUAAAAACGGUCUCCAUGGGAACCUCACACUCAGCUAUUGUUACAGUGGAUGGAGAACUGUAUACAUGUGGUGCUAAUCAGUUUGGCCAGUUAGGCUAUCAGACAGACUUCAACAGUAAACAAGCGGGACAGGUUCUGACUUUAAAGGACCAUAAAAUAGGCAUGGUAGCUUGUGGGGACACUUUUACUACUGCUGUCUCUCAAGAUGCUGAAGUGUUUUCUUUUGGCAAGAGUGCAAGAGGUCGACUGGGAAGGUCAGAUCCUGAGACGAUGACACCAAAACGUAUCAACAUCAUCAGUGAUGAAAUAUUCACUGUCGUAUCAAUAUCAUGUAGUCAUGGUACCACACUGCUUGCAACUAGACCUGUGCAAGGAAUGUUGGACUGAUGGUUUCAAGUUUUUCAAGUUUCUUGAUAGUUACAGAGUAGCCAGUGAGUGUCCCAAUGUAUAGCUAAUUGGGCCAGCUAGCCCAACAUACAACAACAAACUGUGUUGCUAAAACUGCAUGUACACCUACAAGCAAUAAAGUACCAAGCAGCUACACAGUGGAUCACUGUCUUAAGGAAAUUGGUAUAAGGCAGAAGGAACUGGCUCUCAAGGGUUAUAGUACUGAAUAAUAAUGCCAGGUUGUAAGACUUUGAUAGUUUUUACAUUGUUUUGUUUUCAGACAAACCAACAUUCAGUACUGCAUACUAUUUUCAUCAGAAUUUUUACAAAUGUAUGCCAUGCCUUACAGAAUCAUUGGUAGAGUGCAUCUGGUUUGCUUUGUGUAAGUAAUGAAAGUGGUGAAAUACGCAAAACAGAUAAAAUAUUUCUCUUUAAUAACAUUUUGUGUUUUUAGCAUAUAAAGUAAAUUUUUGCAUGUGAGACAGGAUUUCCUGGAUUUUUUCCGGUGCUGGAGCAACUUAGGUUACAUCCUAGAUGUAAGAUCACUCUCCUGUAAUAUGCAUAAAUUCAUAAGCUACUAUAAUAAAAUGAUGCUGAAAAGAAAAGCGCUCAGUUUAUUUUGUUUAUUCUGUUAUUUGAAGAAUUUGGUACACAAGUAAAAGAAUCUAUCACUAGUUGUAGGUGUAGCUAGAAAUAUCUGGCUGUCAGGUAACUAACUGCUUCUGUGGUAACUGUACAGAACCUUGUUACCACCUGAACCGUUACCACUGAGCCAGAUAUCUCUAUCAACCAAUGAAAUAUUCUUAUAGUGUAUCAUACACAAAUUACAAUGGAAAUAGAUCUGCCUUUACUUAGUUUCCGAGCCAGAUAUCUGUAUCUACACCUUCAAGCAAUGGAAGAUUCUCAUAGUGUAUUGUAUACAAAUAAGAAUGGAAAUAGAUCUGCCUUUACUUAGUUUCCAUUAUUUUUGUUGAAAUUGCCAAGUGUCUUUCAGCUUUGAUUAAUGUAAAUAAUGCCACUUAAUUUAAGUAACUCAGUGACAUUUUUUUUGGGGGGGGGGAGGGGGGGGAUGGGGUUGGUGAGGAGCAAAAAAUGAAGUCUGCACAGAGUUUGAUAAUGCCCCCUCACACAUAUGAACUAGUUUUAUUUAAAAACUGCUAUUUCAUGCCAAAAGCGAAGAGUCCUGUGCUUCCACAUGGCAUCAGGCUUGCAUUGUCAGGUAUACACUUCAUACCAAACACUCUGUGUAAUUAAUGAAAUUUAGAUUUUCCACCUCACCUGCAUACAAUUGCCUAUAAAGAAUUGAAAUGUUUGCAUUUCUGACAUGUAGAGAUGAAGUAUCUUGAUACCACAUCAUUUUCUGCUAAUUUGCAUUACAGUCUAUGUUAAUAAAGAAUUUAGUCAAUACUUGAAAAGAAAAUUCAUAGCAGGGGAGAUAUAUAACUAUAUCAUUUAUCAAAUAUUUUUAUUUUCACGAGAAAAGCUUCUAUUCUCUUCAACUUGUUAGUAGUAUUAAAAGUGUUGUUUGAAUUAUCUCCCUUGCAUUGAAAAAUUGGAAGUGUGACAAUGUUUCUUGAUGAUUAAUCAGCACAAAAAUGAUUAUUUAUAUAUCAUUUAUGAGCCAAUUUAGUCAAUACAGCUAAUUUAGGGAUUCCAGUCGAUGUAAUAACUUUGGUAUUUCAAGAAAACCCCAAGACUGGUCAAUUUUACAUAAUAUUUAUAUUUAAUUAAAAAUUAUUUUAAAUAAGAAUGGCAGUUUUGUCAAAUAAUGGUUAAAUGGCACUAUAUUUAGCUUAUUUGGGACAGUAUUGUGACGUUUUUUAUUUUUCAGAACUUAAUGUUGAUUUUAUUGAUGAUCAUGUUUUGUACAAUUUAUUCAUGAAUUGUAAACUCCCAUGAUUAAACAGCUUGUCCAUUCUUUUUACUAAGCACAUUAGCAUUUCGUGUCCUUACAUUUCCUUAUGUCGUGUUUUUCUUUUGUUCAAGUUAUUAACUUAUGUCAAAGAAUGAAUUAUUCCUUGUGAAAAAAUACUGUUUAGCUUGACUAUACGAAUAUGAAGAGCUUUCCUUCUCAACCUGGCUUGGGCGUCGGCUUCCUUACAUGUCAGCACCUUGGUUAAAGUUUUGAUACACUUUCUCUUUAUCUCUGUAAUUACUUAAUGGAUUUGUUUCAAACUUAAAGUAGUUAUUCCAAAUUAUCACCAACAUCAUCUGGCACAAGGGUCAUAACUCUUGCAUCACGAAUUAUCCCCCUUUUUACUUCAUUAAUGAAUUUUAGGUUAAAGUUUUAGUGCACUUUCACUCGAUCUCAGUUAUUACUAAAUGGAUUGGUUCAAACUUAAAAUAAUUGUGCCACAUCAUCACCCACAUCAUAUGAUACAAUGUCAAUAAACUUUGGUAUCAAUUUUUCUUGAAUUAUGCCCCCUGCUUACUUAGAAUUUAAGGUUAAAAGUUUUGAUCCACUCUGUCUCAGUUAUUACUAAAUUGAUUUGAUUCAAACUUAAAGUAGUUGUUCCACAUCACCACCCACAUCAUAUGACACAUGGGCUAUGACUUUGGCACCAAUAUUUUAUGAAUUAUGCCCCCUUUUACUUAGAAUUUCAGUUUAAUUUUGUUGGCUUUUUCACCAUAUCUCUGUUGUUACUGAAUAAAUUUGAUUUAAACUUAAAAUGGUUGUUACACAUUGUCAUAUACAUCAUAUGGCAAAAGGUCCGUAUUGCUGGCACCAAUAUGUUUUCAGUUAUGCCCUCUUUUUACUUAGAGUUUUAGGUUAAAGUUGUGAUGAGUUUUUGCUACAUCUCAGUUAUCACUAAAUAGAUUUGAUUCAAAUUUAAAAUAAGAUAGUUAUUCCACAUUAUUAGUCACAUGAUAUGAAACAUCAUGCAUUACUCUUGCAGAAAUUGUCCAUGAAUUAUGUCCCUUUUAUACCUAUGAUUUUAUAUACUUUAUCUCUAUCUCUGUUAAUACUUAGUACAUUUGACACGGACUUAUCUUUAUCUAGGUUAUUGCUUAAUACUUUUGACACAGACUUAAGCUAUUGUCUCAUAUCUUCAUCCACAUUGGAGUCAUUUAACACUCCUGUGACAGCUCCAGCUUCCUCAGAUGUGCCCAAUUUCACUAUCCAGCAUUGAAAUAGUCAAGCGUGCUGUCUCCAAUAACAGCUCUUGUUUUUGUCACUUCCAGACACACUGUAAAAUCAACACUGAAAAGGAUUUGGUUUGUUUGUAGCAAAAAAAUUGCCCAUUAUAACAUUUUUACUAAAACUUGUGAGAAGACGAUCCAGUAUCUCUCCGGAUCAAAAAUUCAUUAUUUUGUAGUUUGGUAAGUCUAUUUUAUAUUUUCGAGAAUCUUAUCCUUAAAGUCAGUCAUUUGCAGAUAAAACUUGACAAGUUUCCACAGGCAGCAAUGUUGAGUUAAAAUUUAGUGUCCUGAAAUCAAUAUUCAACUGAUCAACAUCAUAUAAAAGACUGAAUGGUCAGACUGAAAAUGACAUGUGAUUAAGUGCUAUGUUCUUAUAAUUUUGCACUACACUUGCCUCAGAAUUCUCCAAAUUACAUUUUUAAUUAUCUCAGUGCACUGGCAUAUUCAUGUGGUACAUGUAUUGUCUAUUUUAGUGUAUCUUGUUUCCAUAAUUGUCAACCUUUUGAGGUAAUAGAUGUUAAUUCAUGAUGAGCAAUACCUACCUGCAUUGUAUACUGGCUAAUUAACCAUGUUAAUUAGGUAACAGACAGUAUUGGCCAGACAAAUGAAAAAAACAAAUUACUGUAAAAAUUCUUAUGAGUGCAGCUUAUUCCUAGCACAUAUUUAAUGCGUUCAAUGAAUAUUCAUAGCUUAAUUACAUCAUUGGUAAGUUAGUAAGCAGUAUUCAUGUUCUGUUUUUAUAUUAGGGUGUAAUAGCUCACACCUGUCUGGUUAUGUUAUAUCAUGUCAUGAUAUUUGUACAACAUUUAUGACUGCAAAUAAUGUUAGUGUAAGUAGAUAUAUAUGUAAAUCCAAGUUCAAAUCAAAAACAGAAGAUAUUGUUAUAGUGAUAUUGUUUGAACUUGAAUAUAAAAGUUUAAAUGGUGUAGAUCUGUAAAUCAGACUGGUUUUAAAGUGCAUAUUUAAAUGAAGAAGGCAACAAAUGUAUUUGAUAUACCUUAGAACAUUGUUACUGAGGCACAUCGAGAUCGCCACCCACUUUGAAUUAUGUUGUUCUUUAAAUAAAAAUUAUGUAAUAUAUAUUUACUGUUAUGAUAUAUAUUUAUAUUAUUUCCUUCAAUCAAAACAGCAUCUGCUUGUAUAUGUGUUUAAAAAAAAUCAAAUUAAUACAGUAUUAGAACUGUUAAAAGGCUUUAAAAGUGUGUAUUAUGGAGGUCCCUUAUACUGUUUAUAAGAUUUCAGGGUCUAUUUAAUAAUCAAAGUUUAAGAAUUCAUUGAAAUGAGACCUUGAAAAUUGUUGAUUUGCCUAGGGUGAAAACCACAAAUGUUUCAGAUACAAAAUUAUCGUUACAUCAUUGUAUAACAUAAACCUUUCUGUUCUUGUUGCAGUUGAUUUAAGACUUAAAUAUUUGACUGGCAUUAAUGUGAAGCUAUUUUAACCUUUAGCCUGCUUGGCAGCAAGUGAUUCUGCCUUGGCGCCCAGUGCAGACCAAAUUCAACUUUAUCAUCUUCAUAAUCAUGAACUUGUUAUUCAGUUGUGAACACCCCUUUGAAUAAUAAAUGGUACUGCCCAAAUAGAAUGAUGGACCAGUUCAUUUUAGAAAUUUAGCAGGGUAAAGAUUAAUUUACAAGGAUUAUUUAUCAUGUGGAGAUGUAUACAAAAUACAUGUAUAUUCAGCGGUCAUUUUCCUUUUGAAUUUUACAAUGUUUUUUGUUCCUAAUGCGUAAAUUUUAAUAGCAUGAAAUAAUUUAAAUCAAAUUUUAAUCUGUACCUUUUGGACAGAUUCAGUGUUGCUUGACACACAUAUACAUAUACUGCAGUAAAAUAGUUUAUCUUUGAAUCACAUUAGUUAAAUUGUUACAUGCCAUUAUGCAGCUUGUACUAGAUGGUACUGGUUUUAACUUAUUUUGCGAAGUUUGUUACAAAAAUGAUAAAUUGUUAUUUAGAUUGCACUAUGAUCAUAUACAACAUGUAUUGCUCUGAUUUUAAAUGUUUUGUGUACACAGUUUUUACAACACGUCCGUCCAUAAUACUUUUAUAUUUUUAUGUAUGAAACAAUUUUGUUUUUUAAACAUUUGGAGCAUUUUGGUCUUAAAGCAUAAUAAAAAAAGAACAGAUUGAA